CGAACUGCAGUCAGCUGAAGUAGCCUGCAGUGCUGCAUUUAACCACUGCGCCACCUCGGCUCUUUGAUGACUGUUGACUAAACCAAAAGCUUUGUCCUCCAGCUGUCUGGAUCUAUCCUUAGCUCUCAAGGCGAAGCAGAAACAAGACAAUCAAAAGUGAGAUUCAUUUCCACAGAAGGCAGCAACCAAUAUGAACACUCUGUACUUUUCUGGACUGACGGAUGCUCCAACGGGAAGUUUGGCAUUCAGGCUCGGCGGUCACAAUGAGACUGACAUCAUCUACGUAAAGAGCAGCGUUUAUCAGCCUGAAUAUCAGAUGAAAGUCAUCUAUUCUUUAAUCAUCUUAAUUUGCAUUCCAGGGAUUAUUGGAAAUGGAAUCGUCAUCCGACUUUUGGGAAGCAAGAUCAAGAGAAAUUCUUUCACUGUCUACAUCGUCAAUUUAGCCAUGGCUGACAGUGGGACUCUGCUAUUCCUAUUUCUGACCGCAAUUCUGUACCUGGCUAAGAGAUGGUUCCCCCUCAUAACAACAGAAGGUUUCAUAUGUACUUACUGCACGGGUCAAUUUCUUCUGACAAUCAUCAGCAUCGACCGGUGUUUGGCGCUGUUCUUCCCAAUUUGGUAUCGAUGCCAUCAGCCCCCAUACUUGGCCCCCCUACUCUGUGUGUUUUCUUGGCUAGUCUCUUUGCUCCUCUGUGUAAAUCAUUAUGCUCUGCGUGGGGCAGGACUGACUAAAACCUUCCCCUCCUUCUAUCACAUUCUCAUAUGUACUUCCAUUUGCAUCCCACUCAUGGUGGUCUCCAGCCUGGCCCUCUUCGUCAAAGGGUACCUUAAAUCACAGAUGCAGAAGCGAGGAAAACUUCUCAAAGUCACCUUGCUUGCCCUGUUUUUCUUCCUCGCCUUUUCUAUUCCACCAACUGCCAUUUAUCUCAGCGAGACUCUUUUCAAGCAGAAGUAUGACAAUUUAAUCACAUACGGCUACUUAUGUGCCUGUCUAAACAGUAGCGUUAACCCACUGAUUUAUUUUCUACUGGGGAGAAAGAAGGAACAUCAUUCUACGUAUAACCUAGACAUUAUCCUCCAGACAGUUUUCAAGGAGGAAGAAGAGAAUGGAACGCAGACAGAGGUCCAGGUUGAUACCCAGGUAUGAUGUACUCACAAGAGUAGGGGGGAAAGUCCAUAUUUCUACACCACCUUGCCACCACCCGUUAAUUAAUUCAGAGAAAUGUCUUCUGGCAAAUCCAGUAUUGCCAAAAAUGUAAUGCCAAGGAGAUUGAGAAAUUAGUCCGCCAUUCUCCCAACUGUAACAGUGGUUUCCAAGUCAUUUUGUACAGAUCCUGUUGAGCAAAGGUGGUAUUCAGCAGGUUUUGACCAGUUCUGGAGAACCAGUAGCGGAAAUUUUG